AUGUGCUGCUGCGCUCUACCAGCACCACCCGAGCCAGCAACCCCAAAGGCGGAAAGCGGAGGAGUCGAGGAGACGGAGCUGGACAAGCUCACGCCAGAGGGUAAACGAGCACUGAAAGGGAAAGACAAAGAAGUCGACCCAGAGGCAGAAGUCGACCCAGAGGCAGAAGUCGACCCAGAGGCAGAAGUCGACCCAGAGGCAGAAGUCGACCCAGAGGCAGAAGUCGACCCAGAGGCAGAAGUCGACCCAGAGGCAGAAACCGUCCCAGAGGCAGAAGUCAUCCCAGAGGCAGAAGUCGUCCCAAAGGCAGAAGUCGUCUCAAAGGCAGAAGUCGUCUCAAAGGCAGAAGUCGUCUCAAAGGCAGAAGACGUCCCAAAGGCAGAUGUCAGAAGAAUACGCCUACGAGACCCAAAUACAGAAAUCAGAGGAAUACGUGCACGAGACCCAAAGGCACUACGCAAACGAAUCCGUUACGACAUAGGAGAAGGCCCCCAGCGAGGCGAGUCGUCUACAACAGCUGCUCAGCGUGCUCAAAACGAUAAUCCUUCUGAGGAAGAUUCUUUUGAGGAGGACGAAGAAUUACGAGAAGUCCCGCUCCCCCCUGAGUGGGUAUGUAGACGGAAGGACAGCGGCAAAGUUUUUAUCAACCUCAAGACCGGGAAGGAGACCGAUGUUGAUCCGCGAGGAACACAGGAACAGCUCGAGAACGUGUGGCGGCAUCCGGGACGUUGUGAUUUCCCCCCUGACUGGGACGUAUUUUGCGACUCUGCCGGCAGACAUUAUUAUGCCGACUUCUCCAGAAGCGCACCCAGAAGGACGCGGCUGGACCCGCGAGGUGAUCGCAUUCCAAGAGGUGCUGGGGGAGAAAUACUGACGCCGGAACAUUGCCACGGUUGGGUGAAGUUGCGGACGCGUGACCACAUUCCUUACUACAUCAACAAGAUCACAGGCGAGAGGUCGUGGGAGGAUCCGCUGGAAAGAGAGGGGGGUAGGGGAACACCACCAGUGCCGCCGGAGGAUUUGCGCAAUUUGCUGAGUUUGAAGAGGGUUGGAAACGCGCCUCGCAAUGUCAACACCAGCACAGACGGCGAGGAGACGCCGGAGGACCCGCGAGCUGCUUGGCGGGCUCCAGCACGUUUUGUGGAGGCAUUACAGAUGAUACCGGACCAUUGCCCCGGUUGGGUGAAGAUAUGGACGGCUGGAAAUGUGCCUAAAUAUAUCAACACCGGCACGGGCGAGCCGGACGAGUUGCCCGGUUGGGUGGCGGUUCAAAUGCCCGAGAACGUGCUUCAUUAUAUCAAUAUCAGGACUGGCGAGCUGGCGGAGGAGGAUCCGCGAGAUUUGCUGGCUCGAAGAGCUUGUUCUGAUCCACUGCGGCCGUGGGUUUGGCCCAGUUCGACGAGGUUCCGGAGGUGUGACGGUACGCUAGCUGGUGCGGGAGCCGGUGAGGGAUCCAGUGCUGGAGGGGGUGAGGGAUCCAGUUCUGGAGCAAGUGCUAAAGCGGGUGCGGAAAUAACACCAAUGGAAGUUUUGUCUAGCAACAUGAUGUUCCGGACGCGUGACGGUACGCUAGUUCCAAGCGGUAUUGCGAGAGCUGAUGUGGCUUCGGGUUCUGGCGGGGGUGCUGGAGCGGGCGUACCAGAGGCGAGGGAACUGGUGCGGGAGCUGGUGUGGCUUCGGGUUCCGAGGUGGAUGCGGGAUCUAGUGCUGGAGGGGGUGAGGGAUCUGGUACUGGAGGGGGUGAGGGAUCUGGUACUGGAGGGGGUGAGGGAUCUGGUACUGGAGGGGGUUAGAGAUCCAGUUCUGGAGGGGGUGCGGGAUCUGGUGCUGGAGGGGGUGCGGGAUCCGGUUCUGGAGCAAAUACUGGAGCGGGUGCGGGAACAACACCAGUGCAGCCGAAGGUGUUGCCCAGCUCAAUGAGGUCCCAGACGCCCGGGGCCCCGCCUCGCUCUGUUGGGCGUAGCAGAGGCGAGAUGACGGAGGAGGAUUGGCGAAUUGUACGAUAUCUAAGAAAUGCUGUGGAGGCAGUAGCACGGCGGCCGGUGUCUUGGGCCAGCUCGUCGACGUUCGUGACGUUCGGGACGCGUGAAGAUACGCUGGCUCCAAGAGCUGGUGCUGGAGCAAAUGGGGGAGCUAGUUCUGGAGCAAGUUCUGGAGCAAGUUCUGGAGCAAGUUCUUAAACAGGUACAGGAUCCAGUGCUGGAGAGGAUGCGGACGUGAAUGGCAAAUCGAAUCAUGAAUGAGGCAUGUCUGAUUCGAAAAGGAGGGCAUUACACAACAACAGACGACACUUUUGCUCGGCAGUCUUGUUUCAACUCAGCGAUUUUUUCUUUCUUUCUGUAACAUGGGGGAGGUAUGAAAUCAUACUGGUUGGUUUGUGUUGAUCAGGGGGUCAAGUUGUUGGGGGGAAUUAGUGCGAGGAAUGUAGAUGAUGUAGCGAUGUAGUUAGUAGGGGUGUGGAUGAAGCGUGUAGUUUGUGUUUUACCAGCCCUUACUUGGUUGAUGGUGG